GUGACGUCACGCGCGCGUCUCUGGUCCGGGUCGCAGUCUUGGCACGGUCGUGGUCGCGCGUGUUCGCGGUCUCCUGGUGCGUCGCUGUCGCUGUCCCUGUCCCGGUUUCGCCACCCGCUAGGACUGCACCAUGUACCACAGCAGCAGCCAGAAGCGGCACUGGACCUUUGCGAGCGAGGAGCAACUGGCACGCCUGCGGGCCGACGCCAACCGCAAAUUCAAGUGCAGAGCGGUGGCUAACGGGAAGGUUCUUCCAAAUGAUCCAGUGUUUCUUGAGCCUUAUGAAGAAAUGACACUUUGUAAAUACUAUGAGAAAAGAUUAUUGGAAUUCUGUUCGGUAUUUAAACCAGCAAUGCCACGCUCUGUUGUGGGUACAGCUUGUAUGUAUUUCAAGCGUUUUUAUCUUAAUAAUUCAGUAAUGGAAUAUCACCCCCGGAUAAUAAUGCUCACUUGUGCAUUUUUGGCCUGCAAAGUAGAUGAAUUCAAUGUGUCUAGUCCUCAGUUUGUUGGAAAUCUUCGAGAGAGUCCACUUGGGCAGGAGAAAGCACUGGAACAAAUUUUGGAAUAUGAACUACUACUUAUACAGCAGCUUAAUUUCCACCUUAUCGUCCACAAUCCAUAUCGACCGUUUGAAGGCUUCCUCAUUGAUAUAAAGACUCGAUACCCCAUGUUGGAGAAUCCAGAGAUUUUGAGGAAAACAGCUGAUGAUUUUCUUAGUAGAAUUGCAUUGACAGAUGCUUAUCUUUUAUACACACCUUCACAAAUUGCCCUGACUGCCAUUUUAUCAAGUGCCUCUAGGGCUGGAAUUACUAUGGAAAGCUAUUUAUCAGAGAGUCUGAUGCUGAGAGAAAAUAGAACUUGCCUGUCACAGUUCCUGGAUAUAAUGAAAAGUAAAAACCUAGUAAAAAAGUAUGAGCCACCCAGAUCUGAAGAAGUUGCUGUUCAACAGAAGUUAGAGCGAUGUCAUUCUGCUGACCUUGCGCUUAAUGUGGUUACGAAGAAGAGGAAAGGCUAUGAAGAUGAUGAUGUGUCAAGAAACUUCAAACAAGAAGAGGAGGAAUGGACCGAUGAUGACCUGAUAGACUCUCUGUAA